AGAACAUGGAUGAACAUUUCCAUUCUUGGCUUCCUACCUCGUUCUUGUGGAUGACUAGCUCAUCAUGUCACUGCGCCAAUGUCUAGCAUCGACUUCAAGAGCUACUGCGACAAAGACUCGCCCGAGACUGACCAAGUCACUAUGUCUGCCAACUUUGUCCGGGAUAUCUCGACUCUGCCCGACUGGCCCAGCACCGGUUCAUGUCAGACACGCAUCUACCCUCCCACAACGAUCAGAUCGGUUUAACAAGUUGACGAAAAGCCAUAUAGGAGAACUGAGAAAGCUUGUUGGAUCCUCUUCGUCUAUCCUUUCCACGCUCGACGGAUCGGCUACUGAAGACGAUCUGAAGACUUACAAUAACGAUUGGAUGAACAAGUAUCAUGGUAAAAGUCAGGUGGUCGCUCGUCCGAGAUCAACAGAGGAAGUCAGCAAGAUCAUGACGUGGUGUUAUGAGAACGAUAUCGCCGUGGUACCCCAAGGCGGGAACACGGGUCUCGUCGGCGGUUCUAACCCGAUACACGAUGAGCUCAUCAUCUCCCUGUCAUCUCUCAACUCGGUACGAUCGUUUGACCCAGUCUCCGGUGUACUAGUAGCGGACGCAGGGAUGGUCUUGGAAUCUGCAGAUGGUUAUCUCGCGGAAAAGGGGUUCAUCUAUCCCUUGGAUCUGGGCGCAAAGGGUUCCUGUCAGAUUGGCGGAUGUGUUGCAACCAAUGCUGGCGGUCUCAGAUUGCUCCGAUACGGCAGUCUGCAUGGAAGUGUACUGGGAUUGGAGGUCGUGUUACCAGAUGGCAAAAUUUGGAAUGGCUUAAGCACAUUACGGAAAGACAACACUGGCUUCGAUCUCAAACAGCUUUUCAUUGGCUCAGAGGGUUCCAUCGGUAUCAUCACUGGUAUUUCCAUCCUAUGUCCGAGGCGAUCAUCCUCCACCAACGUCGCCGUCUUCUCCCUUUCCUCCUACGAAGAUGUUCAGAAAGUCUUUAGCGAGACAAAGACGCAUCUUGGCGAGAUCCUCUCGGCUUUUGAAUUCUUCGACGCGGCGAGUUACGCAUUGGUUAGACGCAUGCAAAAGCAUCACGGGGAAGAGCCGAAAAAGGUUUUCGAACAAGAAGGAGACUUUUACGUCCUUAUCGAGACGUCUGGAUCCAACGCAGAGCACGAUGAGGAAAAACUCACCAAUUUUGUGGAACACCUCAUGACGUCUGAGAUGGUCCUUGAUGGUGUUUUGGCUCAGGAUACGACUCAAGCUCAUUCUCUUUGGAGUCUUCGAGAGUUGAUCACGGAAGCAUGUACGAAACUUGGUGCAGCGUUCAAGUACGAUCUUUCUACGGCCCCAGGAGAAAUGUACGACCUUGUCGAGCAGAUGCGAGCGAGGUUGACAGAAAAGGGAUUGUUAAAAGGUGAUUGGGAAGGUGAUGUAGGGGCUGUUGUGGGGUUCGGUCACAUGGGAGAUGGCAAUCUGCACCUCAACAUUGUCGCCAAGCAGUUCUCGGAAAAGAUCCAGGAUGUCAUCGAGCCAUUUGUAUAUGAAAUGGUCAAGGAGAAGGGUGGUUCCAUCUCGGCCGAACAUGGUCUAGGAUCCAUGAAAGCCCCAUAUAUUGGCUACACCAAGUCUGAGACGUCCAUAGAGAUGAUGAAGCAGAUCAAGCAAAUGUUUGAUCCAAAGGGUUUGAUGAACCCGUACAAGUACAUCGUCUAGUCGAGCGAGCGAGCGAGCGAUUACGAGAGCGUUGUAUACUGCUCAAUCAUUACACGUUGUCAUGAUGCAUUAUGCAAUUAGAUAAGA